AUGGAGAACGCGACGGUUAUCAAAAUUUCGGAGCUAGUCCACGGAGGCCGAGCCGUCACCGGUGCAUCGUCGCUAUUCUUUUCAUCAGCUUCUCACUCGUCUUCCGAAUCAGGCAAUAGAAAUCCUCAAUCACGUGCCGGCACCGUCGAUUCGGAAUCUAGCCGGAAAUUUCUCGCACCGUUGAACUACCCAGCGGUUAUCGUCGGGACGCUAUCGCUCCCUUCCGAAACCCUAAAAUGUCCGAAUCGCUACUGCUUUCGAUUCGCAGACGGUGAAUUGACAAUCUGCUGCGAUAUCAUUGGUCUCGAAAUCGGCGCGAUUGGGAGUAAGAUUUGCGUUCUAUCAUGGAAUUUCCUUCCUAUGAGGCAUUCCGGUGGGUUUCUGGAGAUUAUCAAGUGGAAACUCGCGGCGGAGGAUACCGGAAAGUUGCUUGAUUCGUUUCCAUUGGCUCCUCCACCGCGAAACGGUGAUGGUAAGUCACGGUAUAGCGUCCAUGGUGUGUUAGAGUCCAUUAGCCCCGUCUCUGUUGUUCCUUGUAUGGAAGGGAAUUCUGAUAAUUCUGUGAAUGUUCCUGUGAGGGGGUUCUUAGUAAAGGUCAUGGCUUGUGAGAGUAAAGAAUGUAAACGGAACGAUGUGUUGGAUUCGGUUGAUUGUAGUCACUCUUUUGAGAAGUCUGUCUUCGUUUACUUCUGUGGUUCAGUGGCUGCGAGUUGGCACCCUGCGAUGACGAAGCUAGUUGGGAGAAGUAUUGCUCUAUCGGGGAUGAAGAAAAAGUUGGUUUAUAUAAGCAAAUGUGAUUCUGUGUUGGUGUUUGUGACGACUGAGAACUCUGUUCUUCAUUCACCUUGGCUCUCUAAGAAACGGGAAGUUUCGAAAACUGUUGUUGACAGGAGAAGUAAUUGCGGUUCGUACCUUGGAUUGGUGAAAGGUGUAUACUUGAAAGGAAAGCUUGUUGAGCUGGAUCAGGAUGUGUGGCUUUUAUUGACGGAUCAGAUACACAAAAGACCUCAUAGUAUCAGAAAUGGUUCCCUUAUUUUUGUCAGAAAUGUUCAUUUUGUGAGAACCAAAUUUCCCUGGGGAGAAGUGCUUAUACUUGGGGCAUGCUUCAAGACCAGCAUCACAGUUGAGAUUUUUUCGCCGUUUGAAACGAGUUUUUUUGUAGAUUCAUGUCGGCAGACACCUCUGAGUCAAUUCAUUGAGUCUUUGUCCUUUCCUGCGAGAUUUUGGACAUUACUUGUUAGUUCAUGCUUCCAGAACUUUGACGGUUGGCCAUCAGACAAGGAAACCUUAAGAUCCUGUCAGAAGGAUGAGCUGACAAAGAUGUAUGCAGAGUCACGAAUGCCGCCAUAUAUGUUUCAACCUAGGUGCGGGCUUUUUACUGAAUUCUGCUUCCAUGAAUCAUGCGAAUGCAAUAGUGAAGCUCGUGAUUGCAACCUAAAACCGGUAAUGCCUGUCUCAAGUUUUGUCCACCACUACAAGGUCAUGCUGAGUGAAUUGCUUUCUCGGAAUAAGAAAGAUGACACCGUGUUUAUUGCUAGUAAUUUCUUACGUCACCCAUCAUCAACUCCGAAAAGAAACAGUCAUACAAAUACAAGGACUCUUAGAAGUGAAGAUAUUGGUGUCAUCUUGCUUGGAAGAUUCAAGAUCUCAUCUUCUGGAGUACUACAAUUGCAUGACAGAACUAGCAGCAUUAAUGUUCUGAUGCCAGACCUUCUAAGGGAUAGAGAUGGCUGCAGGAUAUAUGAGGUUUCUGAUUACAGUCUUCUUAUGGAAGGAAUACCUGAGUCGAUGCUCCACAUCCCAUUUCCUCAAAAGCCACUUUCCUGUAGAAGUGUGGUUAAUCCCACUCCACUGACCAUAAAAAGCACCAUGACAAUGCCAUUUUCUCUAUCCUUUGGUGCUGCAAGUUGCAGAAAUGUUCGUAUGCGUCAUUCUAUUGACCGGACGCAUGAGCACAAUGAGUUCACAGGGGAAAUGUUUCAUAUAUUUAGGGUGACCCACAAAUUCCCAAUUUUGAAAAAGGCCCAUCCAGGAAUGCCUGACUGUACCAGUGUUUUCAUCGAGGCUGUUAUCAUUCCCUGGGAACUCAUUUGCACUGUGACUGAAAAAGACGCAGCUGCUCCCCAAUCUGUUGAACGUGAGACCUCCCUAGUAAAUCGUCCACAUAAGAGAUGUAAAACUGGAAAAUCAUUACAGGGAGAAAGUGUAUUGCCUGUGCCGCAUGAAAUUUCCUGCCAGAUGACCGUCAGAUUUGCUAGUAGUCCCUGUUUGACCAUAGCAGCGACGCUGUCUAGUUUAAAGGAAAAUAAAAGUGGUAACAUGCAGAGUGUUAAGCGGGUGCUGUUAGAAUUCAUACCUGAAUGCAAAAACUAUUAUGGGUUGCAGAUUGGCGGUUGUUAUUUGAUGAAGCAUGGCAGUGAUAGUGAUGAUUCUUUUUGUUUUGGACGGUCUGGCAUAUCUAACAAUGACAAAAUCAGUUUUAGACCUGAAACACAAUUAUGGAGUCUGGAAUUUUCUUUUGAUGAAGCUCUCACCCAUGUUGGAUCUAUGGAUGUAUAUCCCCUGGUUUCUUCUCAACCAUCUCCCGCGGUGGAACAACAAAGUGGGUCUAGUCCGCAACCUUGUUCAGAUGUCUCGCUUCUUCUCCCUUAUGAUGCGAAAAGGCUCUUCUCAGUUUAUCUCAACGACUUGGAAGAAGUCAAUAAGCCAGUUGCAGCUGGAAACGACAAAACUCUGGGGAAGAUGAUCACGCAUGCAGAGCCGUCUCGACUACCUCUUUCGAACAGCUUGUUUCCUGAGGGAAAUCUGGCGACUUUCAGAGGCGACGUAGUAGCAGUUGACGCUGUUGACUCUUGCGUCGUUGAUGUUCUGAGUAGCUAUUGCAUUUAUGUUCUAGUCGAUCAUCAAAUGGUAAAGAUUUUUGGUUCACUCAGCAGGCAUUCAUAUCUCAUUGGAUUCGGCCCUGGCGUGAAUGCAACAUUCUACCGGAUUCUAGCAACCGGAGAGGAAAACAGGUUUCUCUUGUCAACAGUGUCUUUCGUCAAGAUAAACUCUCGAAAGGCAUUGGAUGGUCCUUUUAUAGAGAAUCCAACUCUUGGAGCUGCUUUAUGUCUGCCCAAAAUCACACCUAAGGAAUACGUACCUUGCAAUCUUGCUGGUUCUGUUUCAGGAAACGAGGAUAAUCAGCAAAUAAACUUUGUCUGCAAGGUUCUCUCAGUUCAUCUUCUUGUUCUCCAAACGAGAUCUGACGAUCCCGCAGAACAAGAAUGUGGGGAAAAUAUCGAUAUACCACUCGCAGGAUUUGUGGUAGAUGACGGAUCAUCAACUUUUCUUUGCUGGACGAGUGGGAAAAGAGCGUUUACAUUUCUCAGGCUGCACGAAGAAUUGCCUGAAAUGGCCAUCGACAUGGGACCAUGGUUCAAAAGAGAGAGCAAGCAGAGCACCACAGCUUACCAUCUGGCAAAAAUUGUUUGGAUUCACAAGAGAAUAGUGAUGAAAUGCAGUGGAUCACAUAAUGACGCACUCUUACAAGACAUGGCCAUUACCGUUGCUUCACAUAAACUUCUAACCAAUUCAGAGGAUAAUUUCUUCAAGUUGUUGAUCCUAAAUGCCAUUAGCGGCCCCAUAUGGGAUGUCACCGCGAGCUCAAUGGGCAAGAAAAUGAUUCAGCGUUUGGAGAGAGAACACUCUGUGGAGAUAGAGACUUCAAGACUGACUCUGCAAAACGUUUGGGGUAAUCAAAAACUUGUAGCUGCUCUGGAUUCUGACGACGUUGAAGACAAAGCCUAA